AUGGAACAAACUGAGCGGGAUUAUAUCUGUGCAGCUCCACUCAGCUGUGAACGCUCAGGGCCAGAACCGAGACCGGAGCGCCAGUCCGAGCGUCAGUCCGAACCUCAGUCCGAGCCUCAGUCCGAGCCUCAGUCCGAACCUCAGUCCGAGCCUCAGUCCGAGCCUCAGUCCGAGCCUCAGUCCGAGCAUCAGUCCGAGCGUCAGUCCGAGCCUCAGUCCGAGCCUCAGUCCGAGCCUCAGUCCGAGCCUCAGUCCGAGCCUCAGUCCGAGCAUCAGUCCGAGCGUCAGUCCGAGCGUCAGUCCGAGCCUCAGUCCGAGCCUCAGUCCGAGCGUCAGUCCGAGCCCCAAUCCGAGCCUCAGUCCGAGCGUCAGUCCGUCCUCAGACGUCACAAAACAAGAGACAAACCCAAAAACUAUGUGUGA